CAUUCGCUUAUAGUCCGUCCGCCCUAUCGUUUCGUUUGGAAAAUUCAGGAAAAUACAAAGUUAAAAGAUUAUCUACAGUUGUCUGACAUUAAAGUUACUAUAUGGGUCAGACUUACAGUACACAAGCAUUUAGUGAUAUUGAUUCAUAUCUGACAAGCAAGAAAAAGGUUGAAAAUCAGAAACUUGUCAGAAUGACUCAAUCAGUAACACCGCUUCAAAAUCGAACAGAAAUUCAGCAAAUUCAGGAAUCUUGCUCCACGCAAGCCACGUUUCUGGAAGAGGACCAGAAAACAUUGAACCCAGCAAUCCCUACUCUUGCAAAAGAAGAGGAAUCAAACAAGCUGCUUGAAGAUGAGAUGACAAAGAGCCGUCUUCUGGGGGAAAGAGUUGAACACCUCGAACAAGAAAUGUGGAAUAAAGAUGCUGAAAACGCUAGUCUCAAGUCACAAAUAUGUAAAUUGAAUGAGAUGGUUGCCGAAGAACAGCAGAAGACCUACCAAGAACAGGUCAACCUCUACCAUGAGCAGGUGAAGACCUACAAUGAAUGGGAAGAGAAACAAAAGGAAAUAGAAAAGAAUAAAAUUCUCCAAGAGAAACUUUCAAAAGUAGAGGAAGAGUUGUUGAACACUAAAACUCGGACUACAGUUGAAAAUGAUACGGACCUAAUGGAUUCGAGCGAUUCUGAGGCCACUCUUGUUAAUUGUGAUGUAAGUUACGUACCCGAACAAAGGAUAUGCCACAAAGCCGAUGACCAAUCUCAUAUGACCUCUUCUAUUAGCGAACCAACCGAACAAUUUGAUUUUGAGCACGGAAUCAUUAAAGGAAAUUUGCAGCCGAUUCCGAUUGUUCCUAAUCCAGAUGAUUCUGGGAUAGACUCUGAGACUAUUAUCAAAAACCAGUGUAAUCCAGUCAAACCUGAACCUGAAUUUAUUAAUACUGAUGACGUAGAACGCGAAGUUGACAUGAUGAUUUCCUUGUGCAACGCAGAAGAAGAGGUCGAACAGUUAAAAUACUAUCUUCGACUUUCACAAGAGGAAAUUUACAUCGCCAGAGCUCAGGAACAUGACUUGUACGAGAGACUGCAGGAAGUUGAGCAGGAUAGAUUUCGUUUGGUUCAGCGAGUUAAUGGUUUAUUCAAAACCAACCAAGCAUACGAAAAAGAUAUUACAGUGCUGCGUGAUUUGAAUAAGAAAUUUAAAGACGGCCUUCUCGAGAUGCAGUCUGAACUUUGUGAAACCGAGGAUCACAACGCAAAAGUGUUCCAGAACAUAACCACCGAAAAUGAAAACCUGAAAGAACGACUUCUCGACUACAAAGAUAUGGUUCAGAACCUAACCGUUGAAAAGAUAAAGCUGUCCGGGGACAAUAAAGGACUCAACAACAAACUCGUCGCUUUUGAGACCUACUGUGUCAACUACCAAAAUAUGGUUCAGAAUCUAACCAUGGCAAAGGAAAAACUGUUCGCGGAAACUGAAAACCUCAACAAACAACUUGUUGAGGAACGGUCUGGUUUUUGUGCCAUGGAAUUGGAGGUUGGCUACAAAGAUGUGGUUCAGAACCUAACUAUGGCAAACGAAAAGCUGUCCGCGGAAACUGAAAACCUCAACAAACAACUUGUCGAGGAACGGUCUGGUUUUUGUGCCAUGGAGGCCGGCUACAAAGAUAUGGUUCAGAACCUAACCGUUGCAAAUAUAAAGCUUUCCGGGGACAAUACUGAACUCAAAAACAAUUUCGCCUCUUUAGAGUCUUACUGUGCCGGCUAUAAAUACGUGGUGAAGAAUCUAACCAUGGACAAGGAGGAACUGUCCGCGGACAAUGACAGCCUCAACAAACAACUCACCGAAGCACAGGCCGGAUUUUGUCUUAUGCAGGAGGAGUACAAAUUCUUGAUCGAUGACAUGACCACGGAGAAUCAGUAUCUCACCGAGGAGAAUCAGGAGCUAACUUCGGAAAAAGAGAAACUGCACAAAAGGCUUAAAAAAUGUCAAGGGUAAUGUCGUAACCUACGUAGUACGUAGUAAAGUGUAAACCUUAACCUGCCCUAAACUAGCUCGCUGAAAAAAGAGAAGUGCCACAACACAAACCCCACAAUUGUGAAAGUCUGCUUCACACGCACCUCUCAAACACCAACUGUAUGCAGAUGAAGAUAGAAGAAAUGUAAACCGAAGAGAAGAUAAACGAACCCUGAUAUUGACGCCAAGAAGAGGACCUGUAAAACACGGCAAGAAGAAUAUUAUUUAAAGUUUGAUACUCGAUAUAGAGUUGAGUUAUAAAGUGUUAGUUGAUGAUGUUAAGUUGCUCAGAUGAAAAGGCA